AAUAAAGUGCAGCCUUUGUGCGCAUGUCCCGCUGGGUUUCUGCGCGUCUCUUCCUCUCCAUUGGCUAUCCCGCCGCCGUGCGCGCUGAGCCUACAGUUUUCACAACGCACAGUACGCGCGUUCAGCCCACGCUGUACGGACACCGACACACGCACACACUCACACACGCCGCUACAGGAUGGAGAAAAAGAGCGAGAUGAACGGGCACACCAUGCUCGACUUUGCCUUUAACGAGCGGACGCUGGAGAAGAGCGCGCAGAAGAGCGUCGGGAUGAAGCUGGUGGAGUUUUUGCGCAGGAACCUGCUGGUCAUCCUGACGGUGUCCGGGGUUUUGGUGGGCGUCGGGCUCGGGAUGGCGGUCCGCACCAUGGGUCUGACCAGAGCGCAGAUGACUUAUUUCGCCUUCCCCGGAGAGAUGCUCCUCAGGAUGCUGAAGAUGAUCAUCUUGCCUUUGGUCGUCUGCAGCCUCGUGUCCGGUGCCGCCAGCUUGGACACGCGCUCCCUGGGCAAACUGGGAGGCAUCGCGGUGUCUUACUUUCUGGUCACCACGCUGAUCGCUUCGGGGAUCGGGGUCUCCCUGGCCUUCAUCAUCAAACCCGGCGUAGGCGCAGGAGCCCUGAACACCAACAGCCUGGGGCUGGAGAGCGUGAACAGCAACAAGGAGACCGCCGACUCCUUCUUAGACCUGGCCAGGAAUUUAUUCCCUGCAAACUUGGUGGCUGCUGCUUUCCGUUCUUAUGCCACUGACUACAAGAUGGUUGCCGUAGGAAACAGCACCAAUGGAACCAUCCUCCAUCAGAAGGUGCCUUUUGGUACAGAAACAGACGGCAUGAACAUUCUUGGCCUGGUGUUAUUUGCCAUGGUGUUUGGCGUGGCGUUGAGGAAGUUGGGAGAAGAGGGGGAGGAGCUCAUCCGUUUCUUUAAUGCCUUCAAUGAAGCCACCAUGGUGCUGGUGUCCUGGAUCAUGUGGUAUAUUCCCUUUGGCAUCAUGUUCCUGGUGGGCAGUAAGAUUGUGGAGAUGGAAGAUGUUGUUCUUCUCGUCACUAGCCUGGGAAAAUACAUCUUUGCCUCAAUCCUGGGCCACGUUAUCCACGGAGGCAUUGUUCUUCCCCUCAUUUACUUUGGUUUCACACGCAGGAACCCCUUCAGUUUCCUGUCAGGCCUCAUCGCUCCUUUUACCACUGCUUUCGCCACCUGCUCCAGUUCAGCAACUCUUCCGUCAAUGAUUAAGUGCGUUGAGGAGAACAACGGUGUUGACAAACGCAUUAGCCGCUUCAUCCUUCCCAUUGGUGCCACCGUUAACAUGGACGGUGCGGCCAUUUUCCAAUGCAUCGCCGCCGUCUUCAUUGCUCAACUCAACAACGUGGAGCUCAAUGCUGGACAAAUCUUUACCAUCUUGGUGACCGCCACCGCCUCCAGCGUGGGUGCAGCAGGAAUCCCAGCAGGUGGCAUCAUUACAAUCGCCAUCAUCUUAGAAGCCAUUGGACUGCCAACCAACGAUCUGUCUCUCAUGCUAGCUGUUGACUGGAUUGUGGACCGUACUACCACAGUUGUGAAUGUGGAAGGUGAUGCUCUGGGUGCUGGGAUCCUUCACCACAUCAAUCAGCAGGAGAUGAAGAAGCGGCAGAAGAGCCUACAGGAUGAGGAACUGACGGAGGUCCAUGUGGAGGCAGCGGCCAACAUUCAGGCUGAGGAGGAGUUUUCCCCACUUGUCAUGCACCAAACCAAAGUAUCAGCAGCCACACCAGAAGCCAUUGAAUCUGUGCUGUGAACUCAACAAGGCCUCGUUUUUGUUCCCUCACAUUCUAACUUUUCCACACUUAUAACGUUGCUGCUGAAAGGGAGCCAC